GACCGAAAAAGUCGCUAGGUCACCAACCGUAACCCUGGCAGUGUACGCGAGAUUUAAACUUUCGGCGGUAGUUUUCCCAAGUCAUACAUGUAUAACCUACCAGUUAUUUCAGGCUGAGAGGACCAGCAGACAAGAAAAGUGGGACACUUAGACAAGCAAGGGGCGAACGGGGUUUGUGCGUGUGGACAGAUCAGAGCUGUUAGCAACGUAACAGAGUUGGAAAAUGCCAGACAACUGGGAGUUAUAUUAUUGGGGCCCAAACGUGGUGGGCAGAGCUGAGUUCAUCCGCCUUAUUUUUGAAGAACUGGGAAUGAAAUAUAAAGAGAUUAACAAGGGUGUUCCAGCAGUUUUCACUUCGGGUCAGUUAGAGGGGUACCCCACUAGAGCCCCACCAAUGAUCAAGAACGGUGAGUUUCAACUCUCACAAAUGCCUGUCAUCUGUAUGUACCUCGGCAAGAAGUACGGUUUGUACCCGGAUAACGAAGCAGAUGAGUACCAUGCCAUGCAAGUCAUGGCCACCAUCAGCGAUUACAUCACGGAAGGAAGACUCUGUUUCCAUGGCGUCAACUGGCAGGCAUCGUAUUUUACUCAACAAGAGGAAACGAAACCCUACAUUAAACAUUUUACAACUAAUCGAAUCCCAAAUUUCCUGAACCAUUUUGAAACAGCACUAAGCAGAAAUGAUGGUGGGAAAGGGUAUCUUUUUGGAACAAAGCUGACAUACGUUGACUUAGCGCUGCUCCACAUCCUACGGGCCACCGAGUCGCAAUUUCCCGAGGAAUGGAAUGCCCUUGGCAAUAUUCCACUACUAAAAGCCUUUAAGGUUAGAAUAUCAGAACGUCCUAAUCUGGCUGCUUACUUCAAGUCUGACAGGUGCAGUCCUUUUGAGGGAAAUAGUAUGAUGUAAAACGGGAGGAGAGAAGAUGAGUUCUAGCUAAAACACUGCCUGAAACAACGACUAAUAUGCCUAGAAGUUUGCUUUAUUACAUAAUAUGGAUAAAAUGGGGUAAUAAGGGUAACGGCAAUAUAGCGCGCUCAGUUAGCACAGUCGAUGUAUCAAACUCUGACCCGAUAGUUCCCAGCAGACUAGAAAUAGUUCUUACAGAAGUGCUAGGUUUUAAUACCUAUUAGUUUCACAUAUUAAACAUAUAUUGAAGCCUUCUCAGGAAGGUGAAUAGAAGUUACGUCAACAUGCAUUCUUGUUACUAUAUUUCAGUAUUUACCUUUAUAUCAUUUUUAAGUCAUUUAGGAAAUGCAUUUAUAUCCUUGUAUUUUGUUACUUAAAAUAAACCUUAACUUUCUUUAAAACA